UGGUGGUUUAGCUCCUUACAAGUACUCUCUCAGACCUUCUUGUAUGUAACAUAUGUGUUAAAACUUAUUAUUUAGAAAGAAAUGCAAAGAGGAAAAGAGGAAGAAAUAGGUGCUUAGGAAUAAAAAGGAACAAAGGAAACUUUUUAAAGUGAAAUUAGAAAACAAAAGGGGGGAAAAAAGCAUAGUCAGCAGGAAAUAUGAAAUAGAGUAUUAGUAGCUCUUAAAUUUUCUUCUUUUCACUCUCCCUCAGGACUUCUGCUCUGCCCACAUCUCUGACAGUCGUCACUGAGACACUUUGUUUUUUAAAAAGCGGAAGGAAAAACCAUCAGCAGCUGUCCUGCAUUCUCGAUGACAAAGUGAGCAAAGAAAGGGAAGUGUUCCUGAUUUACCCCCUGACUUAGAGAGAAAAGGUCUGUCCUGCUUGAGAGGGAGAAGCUGCAGCCCUGGGAAGGAUGGGAAUGCUGGUGAGAGCAGCCGUGCUUAUGAGUCCUCUUCUCUUCUGUAAUGCUUUUCUGGACCUGACUGGCCCCAGUGAGGUUGAAGGCAUAUGGAAGGGAUCUAUCACCUUGCCAUGUGCCUAUGUGCCUGAGAAGGACUUUGUGCAGCAAACGCUCAAGUGGACUGUGGUACAUGACCAGAGCUCUGGCACCGUCUUUCGGAGGGACAGUUCUGGUGACCAUGUUCUCCUGUCCAAGUACAGGGACAGGGUCAGUGUCCUGAAGGAUGCCCCAGGGAACGUGUCUCUCCACAUCCUGAACCUGGAGGUCUCUGACAGGGGAACCUACACUUGCCAGGUCACCUGGAGAGCCAGCAACAACAGCCUGAUAGCAAAAGACAUCACCACUAAAGUGGAGGUUGUUAAAGUUGCAGCAACCAAGCCCGUCAUCAGGGCCAGCGAGCCGGGGCUGACUUUCCCGGCAGGAGCCAGGGCCAGCCUGACCUGUGUGGCCAACGGGUCCCCCCCCAUCAGCUACCGCUGGUUCAGGAGCGUCCCGGGAGGGAAAGCCCUGCUCCUGAGCAGCCAGGCCGAGCUGGCGUGGGACAGCCUGCAGCCCUCCGACACCGGGAAGUACUACUGUGAGGCUGAAAACAGGGUUGGGGCCGGGGCUGUGCAGCAGAGCGACGCCGUUCAGCUGACGGUGAGAGAUCUGCCCACAACAUCCCUCUCGAAGGAUGUGGGAAUCUCGGGGAGACGCUACCCAACCACAGGUCAGGAAAGAAACCAACCAGAGCUGGUGUUCAGAGGUACCUCAGUAACCUCUUGGACUCCAUGGGGCUCCACCACUAUUACAGAUCUGCCCAUGCCAGUAGUGACUCCUGAGAAUGGUGUGGGAUAUCCAGAAAAGAAUUACACAACUCAGAAUUUCCAAGGGACUCACCUGUCCCUGUACCUGGUCAUCCUGAUUGCUGUGGUUUGUGGUGCUGUGGUUUUCCUUGUCAUCUUUCUUAUUAUUUGCAGUAGAAAGCCCAAAGACGCUCAAGUCUAUGAAGUAAAAUUCCAUAACUCAAGAACAGCAGCUUCUUCAAGGUGUGAAAGUACAGAUCAUUAUGAGGCACCCAUCUCCUCCACUGAAAACAACUAUGUGAUGGAGCCCAUGGAAAACAAAAGAUAUGAAGAAAUAAAUAUAAAAAAGAAAGAAUACGUUGGAAACACCGAAGAAUCUGUAUAUGAAGUAGGGGACACUGUAUGAGAACCAAGAGUGCUCUACAGGUAGCAGUCCUGAAGAGUACCUUCAUCCAGGCAAAAUUUAUCUUCCUAUUCACCUUUGCCUCUGAAGAAUAGGUUGGACAAGAAGUUUUUGCUCCUUCACAAUUUGUGGAGCCUUAACAAUCUCUGCUGUGAAAAUGCAAACCUCUUUAGGAACUUCAGUUACAGACUGCUGUAUAGAUCUUCUGAUUUUGCUUUUUUUGCUUCCCUUUCACCACCUGUGUAGAAGAAAGCCCUUUGAAAGCUAGGGUAUGCAGAUCCCAGGCCAAGAGCACUGUACUAAACUUACUGCUUUAUAUGACCAAAAGGAUCUGCAUUCACAGCCUUCAUGGGGUGGGAGUAGAACCAGCACCAAGGGCUGCUCAACAUCCCCAUCAUCUUUAGGUAAGAAGUGCAGAAUGAGGCUGGCCUGGGAAUCGGCGUUUCUCCUCCCAUCCACCUCAAGUGCUGCAUAGGUGGUAGAAUGUCCUUUUAAUGUGAGAUAGCCCUUAAAGAAACACUGAAAGAUUAAAGCUAGGAUAAAACCAGGAACCUUACCAUACUAGGAGCAGCAGUACAAAAAGAAGAAUGUCCUGUGCACCCAUCGUGCUGUAUUCAAUGUGCUUUUCUGCAGCACUUGCCGUAAGGUCCAGGCACACUUUCUAUAGUUUUGGCACAGAACAGCUUGGGUGAUUCUGAUACUGCAACAAGGCACAUUCUUUCCAAGUUCACCUUCUCUAUUCUCUCUUUUAAUGCAUGUUUAAUAUUUGAAAGAUAUUAGAUACUUUUCCAUAAGUUUGUGGAUAGGAUUGUUUACACAUGCCUCCAUUAUUUUGGUAUGAAUGUUUUUGCACGACCGGCUCAUCUUUAAAAUGCCAGCAAGCACUCACAAUUACAGCUCCUCAGUAGAUAUUCAUGAAUUACUUUCCUCCUGCCUUAGAAGGCCUGAAGGGUAAGUACGGAGCCGAAAAGCUGUGUUAUUCGUAAUUUCUACUGCCCUGAGUAAACCUGUAACGUGGAUACUGCAGAGUUAUGGAAGAACCUUUUUAUAGUGAACGACAGGGCAAUACCAUGUCCGAUUAAAAGCCAUGCAGACAGAUGUAAAACAAAACAGGUGAUCUGAGGGGUGAGGAGGAUAUCGGUGACACAGGCACAGGAUUAGUGGGCCCCCAGAUUUGCUGUUCACACUCAGGAAAGAUCUGCAUCUGCACUUCUCUGCAAGCAUCAGCUCAAAAUUCACCAGCAUUCAAAAAGAGUAUUAGGUGCUAUUAGGAAAGGCAUUCCAGUGCAAUAGAAAACAGGACUGUGGUACUGUAAAAACUCAUGGAAUGCUUCUAUCUUAUGUAUGCGUGUAGGUCUCAUCCUGAAAGGGUUUAACAGAGCUAGAAAAGUUACUGAGAAUGAUAAUAAGAGGAUGAUGAGCAGCACGAAACCACUUCUGUACAAAUGCAUUAUACUUUCUCAGCUUGGAAAAAAAAGAACAACAAGGCAAAAUGAGCAAAUUCUACUCAUCAUGACCAGUGUGGAGAAGAUGAAUAGGGACUAUUUGUUUACAGUUUCUCCAAAGGAAAAGGAAGCAGAUGUUAGCUAAAAACUAUCUGGUAGCACUUUUAAAGGGAGAGGAAAGGUAUUUCUUUUAUGCAAUACAGAAAUGAGGGUAGAAUGCAAUGCUACUCACCCAGUGCUAUGAAAACCCAAAGUACACAGAGGUCCAAUGAGAAAUUACAGGAAUGAAUGAUGUAAAAGUUCAUCAAAAUUCACAAACCGCAAGGCACACUUUACAGCUAUUUAUCAGUUACCUUAUACAUUCUCCCUGAAUUUCCUGUACCACAAGUUUUAUUUCUCUUUGUUAAGAAUGUACUUAAAUUUUAAGGUCUGGGAAACCUUGAUUUCAAAAUGGAAGGGAAACAAACAGCUGCUUUGGUUGGUGAUGAUCUCUUGGAAAAAAUUGUUGACAUGUACAUGCAGUUUAUUGCAAUGUGGAGAAGCAGAUGAAAAUCAUUAAACUUCAGGACUGCAAAGUUA